CGUGGGUGGCGUGGCGCCCGUGGCCGGGCCGAGGGCGGCUCCCGGUGAGUCACGGCGCUGCUCCCGCCCCUCCCGGGCCGCCUCAUAAAGCGCCGCGGGCCGAGCGCCGCCGUGCCGAGCCGCGGGCUCUGCUCUCCGUGCGGACCGGACAGCCUUGGGGCGCACCGGCCGCCACCCGAGGGAGCCCGGGAGGAGGAUGCUGGGGGAGCCCCUGGGACGCCCUGCCCGGAUCCUCUUGCUCUGCUGGAGCCUGGCCGCUUGCUGCACAGGUGCCAUGGCCUUGCAGCCGCCCAGCAUCAGCGUCCUGCGGGUGCCAGCAGAGCUGCCUCGCCCAGGUGAGAAUGUAACUGUGUCGUGCGAGGCGUGGAGCGAGCUUCCAGAGCUGACACUGCUCUACUGGCUGGAGAACGGCUCCUUCGUGGAGAGCCUGCACCCGGAUGGAGCUGUGCGUGAGGGGACAGUGCAAGAGGAGCUGCAGGGCUCGGGGUGGGCUCUGCACCGUGAUCUGCACUUCAGCUCCUUCGACAGCCAGCACCUGCACACCAACUUCACCUGCGUGGUGCUCAGUCCCCUCGGUGUCGACACCAGGGAGGUGCGAUGGCCGUCCCCAGCACUGGCCCCUGUCACUGGGAACAGUGGGGGCCUGGGCUGAGAUGGGGGAGCGCCCUGCAGUGCAGCUCCCUGCUCUGACAGCCCCACACCACUGCAUACACACGGGACACCUCCAGGGAGGCCCGUCUCUGUAACCUGCUUUGGGGACUGCGUGGCCCCACCUGUGCUGGCCCCGCUGUGAGUGGGGCUCCUGGUGCCCCAAGCUGAGUCAGGAGCGCUGCCUGGGCUGGAACCAGCCCUGCCCAUAGCUGGCUCUGGGACCCCAGAGUUUAUUAAAGUACAACAAGGCUGCCCAGUGUCACCUGC